AUGUGUGCAUUCUGGGUGUGCGCCCUGCCAAUGUGCCUGACCACUCCCAAAUUUGCCAUUCUUUGGAAUGCCCAUGAGAAUGGCAGGAGCCAGUCAGCACUGGAGAAGAGAAGCUGGGACGGGCCCUGCAAUGAGCGCAUGGUUGCGCAGCUUCUGCAGGACCUGAAGGGGUGGGGGGUGGAUCUGGAGAGCUUCCAGCCCAAGGAUCUCUUUGACACGAUCAAAGGCCGCACGUUGUGGCUGAUAGGAGACUCUCAGACAUCCUACUGGUACCUGGCGCUUGAGUGCUUCCUGUCAGAGUACCUUGUGCAGGCGCCGAGGGCGGCGCCCACCAACAACUCGGCGGCCAAUCUGUGGCUGGUCAAGUUUGACGAAUGGCGGGAGCUCAAGGGCAGCAAUAAGGCCUCCCCCAAGCCCGCCAUCUGCGCUGUGCUCAAGGAGGGCACGAGGGUGUGCUACGCACGCGUGCACCUGGUGGAGGAGAUAGCGCACCCGGUGCUGCGAACAAUAAAGAGGGAGCUGCCGGGUGCCAAGAGGGACAUAGCGGUGGUCAAUGCCGGCCUGCACUACGGCAUCGGCGACCCAAAAUACGAGGAGGGCUUCACCUUCCUGAAAAACUUUAUUGCCGAGCACCGUGACGAGCUGCCGCACAUCAUCUGGAAGGACACAUCGCCGCAGCACUUUGAGUACGAGAACGGAUACUACUGGUGGUUGGACAACAGCAAGGGAAAGACGGUGGGGCCGCCCCCAGAGAAGUGCAGGCCGUUCACAGAGGAGGAGCUGCAGAGCGAGGAGAUUGCAGCGGGCGGCUGGUACAAUGAGAUCGCGUUCCGGCACAUGAGGGAGGCAGGCGUCACUAUUUUUGAUGCCUACAAGAUCACGCUGCCCAUGUGGCAGAUGCACAUGAAGGAUAAGGACUGCACGCACUUCUGCAAUCCCGGCGCGUACGAAGUGUGGACGUACCUCCUGAGCGAUCUGCUCAAAGGGCUGCAGCUGAGAGACUAG